UACUAACAUAUGCACCUUUCUACCUUCCACCACCAACCCUCCCAUCUGCCCCUUCCCCAAUCUAUCCUCCAGGUCUGCCGUAUACAGUGUAAAUAGACUUGGGCUCAACGGACAUCCCUGCCUUAGCCCCUUAGUCGUCCAGAACACGUCGCUCAGCUUAUCUCCUACUUUUAUCCUAGCCAUAGUCUCCAUGUAUAUUUCCUUCAUUCUCGCAAUUAGGUGUUCCGUGAUCCCCCUCCUCCCCAUCUCCUCCCACAACUUCCCCCUAUCCACCUUAUCAAAAGCCGCCUUCAUAUCUAUAAACAGAUUAUAUAGAUCUGUUUAUAGAUUUGCCUGCCCAUCCGGCAGAAUUCCCCCCAACUCCAUCUCCUCCUCCAGUCUUCCCAGCAGUAUCUUCGUAUAUACCUUGUAUGCCGAGUGUAGUAGCUUAAUUCCCCUGUAGCUCUUUACCCUUCCCUUAUUAUCUUUUUUAUAUACUGGGCAAAUUACCCCCACUUUCCAUACCUCCGGAAUCCCACCCUCUCUCCAUACGCUAUUCUAUAUUGUUGUAAUUGUGGAAAAUAAAAAGAAAACAUAUGAAGAGGUAGUGAGAUCAAUCCAGGAGAAAUUAAAGGUCUUUUGCCCUCCAACAACAAAUACUUUGGCAGUUCCUCUGGCACUAUCUCCCCAUACCUUUCAUUGUAUCUCCCUUCUCGUAUCUAUGACCUUCUUUCCUGCCUCUGUAUCUCCCUAUCCCUAUCUCUUAGUUCUCUCCAUAUUUCAUCACUUUCAGCCUCCACUCCUUAAUUUCCCUCCAGCACUCUCUGAGGAUUCUGCAAUGCGGUCUUGCUUCCAUCAUUUCCUCAUACUUCACUGCUCUUCUCCUAGCCUCCACCCUUACUGCAUCCACCUUAACCUCCUCCCUCACUACAUACCUCAGAGUCUCCCACAUAGAAAAUACAAGAAAUGAAUAUUAGAUUGAGAUUUUAUUAUCAUAAAGGACAAUCCCAACCCAAGUCAACCAAACCCAAUACAACCCAACCAUUCUUAUUCUUCUUUCGCCAGACCAAACGAUGAUCUAUGUUGCAUAGAUUAAGAUUAGAUUCAAGUUGCAGAAGACUCUUUACUGCUUAGGUGGCAGAAAAACUUUGAGAUAACAGUUUGGAAGUUAAGACCAAAUUAAUACAUAAAAGUUAUUUUGGUACAAGGUCGAUGAAGAAAUAUUUCACAACAUUAAAUAACCUAUAAUUGUUUUAAUCUUGAUGUAAAUCAAAAAUCGUUUAAAAUUUUUGAUAACAACUCUAAAACUGGUUUGGAAUAAAAAAAUGCAAUGUUAUGUCAUUUAACACGAUUGAUAGAAAUAACUUGUGUUAUCAAUUUAUUGCAUGACUUGAUAAGAUAAUAAAUGGUAUUUAAGAUACAUUUUCAUAACAAAAUUUAGCGUCGAAAAUGUUGUGCUUAAUACUUUUUGUGUUACUAGUCAUUUUAUUAUUAAUAAAAUUAUCAAAAACAUAUAGUUAUUGGACGGAACGAGGGGUUAAACAGAGAAAACAAACUUAUUUAUUAGGUGAUAAUGGAAAAGUGUUUCUAAAAAAAGAAUCUUUCUUCGAUAUGAUCACAAGUAUAUAUAACGCAUUUCCAGAAGAAAGAUAUAUUGGGAUGUACCAAGGAUUACUUCCUACAUUAGUGAUAAAAGAUCCUGAUUUAAUAAAAAAUAUAGCAAUAAAAGAUUUCGACCAUUUUACAGACCACCAACAAGUUAUUCCUAACGGAAUCGAUGAUGUUUGGGCGAAAAAUUUAUUAACAUUAAAAGGAGAUUAUUGGAGGCAAAUGCGAGCAACUUUAAGUCCAAGUUUUACAUCGGUUAAAAUGAAAAUGAUGUUCACUUUAAUUGCAGAAACUUUAAAAUUUUAUGAGGAUUAUUUAAAAAAAAGAGAUCACACGAAAAGUAUUGAAUUAAAAGAUUUUUUUACAAGAUUCACCAACGACGCAAUCGCAACAGUUGCUUUUGGAUUAAAAUGCGAUUCGAUCAACAACAAAGAUAACGAAUUCUAUUUAAUGGGAAAAGAUGCAACUAAUUUCGGAUUAAAAAGAAAUUUAGCCGUUUUCACUUAUUUAAUCAUGCCUAAAAUCGCCACAUUUUUCAAUAUAAAAAUAUUCCCCACAAAAAUAACAAAUUUCUUUAAAAACCUUAUUAACAAAACGAUAAGGAUGCGUGAAGAAAACGAUAUUAUCCGACCAGAUAUGAUUCAUUUACUUCUCGAAGCUAAAAAAGACGGAUUUGAACUUUCCGAUGAAACCAUUACUUCACAAGCUGUUAUUUUCUUUUUCGCUGGAUUCGAAAGUGUCGCAACUUUAUUAACUUUCAUGGGAUACGAAUUAGCAAUAAACCCCGAAGUCCAAGAAAAGCUUCAAAAAGAAAUCGAUGAAACAUUAAAAGAAUGCGAAAAUCGAAAUUUAACUUACGACGCUUUAACAAAAAUGAAAUAUUUAGAUAUGGUUAUAAAUGAAACGUUAAGGAAAUGGCCCACUCUUGCAACAGAUAGAGUUUGUACUAAACACUAUAAAAUCGAACCGAUUCAAAACGAAAAAGAAAUUAUUAUCCAACCGGGUGAUGUGGUGUGGUUACCGAUUGCCGCUAUACAAAGAGAUCCUAAAUAUUUUGAAAACCCCGAUAAAUUUGAUCCGGAAAGAUUUAACGAAAAGAAUAAAGAAAAAAUUAAACCGUUUACAUAUUUUCCGUUUGGAUUGGGACCGAGAACUUGUAUUGGAUCUAGAUUGGCUUUGUUAGAAGCUAAAAUUGCUUUUUUUAAUAUUUUAAAAGAUUUUAAUUUCGUUCCGUGCGAAAAAACUGAAAUUCCUUUAAAAAUAAGUAAGGAUUCGUUUGGAUUUGUACCACAAAAUGGAUUAUGGAUCGAUAUAAAACCAAGAUAGUUGUAAUUCUAAUUUCGGACAAAUAAAAUUUAUAA